UGAUGUCCUUCUCUUAGACUUGCCUGGGUCUUUCAUAAAAACAAAAACGACCCCUCAUCUUAUGCAACUUUUCCCACAUCUAUCUCAGGCUGGAAUUUGAUGGCUUACCUGACGCCUUGGAAAUAAAUAGAAAUCAACAAAAUGAGCGGCGGACAUAAUCUAGAGCCUGCUCCAGGUGCUAAGUCUGGCUCGGCAGAAAUACCAACAGUUGUCCACAGCGAGCAUACCAAUGUUGGCUCUGGUUGGAAAGUCCCAAAGCCGAAAGAUGGAGAUACGGCAAUGGCACUGUUCAGUGACCAGGAUCUCCAGGAACCAGUGGACCCAGCUGAGACGAGAAAAUUGCUCUGGAAGAUCGAUUUCAUGAUUUUGCCGUAUCUUGCCGUUUGCUACGCCUUCUUUUAUAUUGAUAAGACAACGCUUAGUUACGCAGCGAUCUUUGGGAUCAACGAAGACCUCAACCUUCAUGGCACACAAUAUAGUUGGCUCAGUAGUAUUUUCUACUUUGGAUUUCUCGCUUGGGCGUUUCCCACCAACUUUCUUAUGCAAAGGUUGCCCAUCGGAAAAUACCUAGGAGUAAAUAUCUUCAUGUGGGGCGUAUUCCUCAUGAUCCAAGCUGCAUGCAAUAGUUUCACCACACUUGCUGUGCUUCGAGCUCUGGGGGGUGCUGCGGAAGCUUGUGCAGACCCUGCCUUUAUGCUAAUCACUAGUAUGUGGUACACACGACGCGAGCAGCCUGUCCGUAUUGGUCUUUGGUAUACGGCCAAUGGGUUGGGAAUUGCACUUGGCGGCCUGUUAGGCUAUGGAAUCGGUCAUAUUAAGGGUGCUCUUCCGUCCUGGAAGUAUGAAUUCAUUAUAAUUGGUGCUCUUUGCUCGGCCUGGGGAAUCGUGAUGUUUAUCUUCCUCCCUGAUUCACCAGUCUCCGCUCCUGGUCUUAGCCAACGUGAACGCCGAAUCGCAGUGGAAAGAUUACGAGACAACCAAACCGGUGUCGAGAACAAGCAUCUCAAGCCUUAUCAGAUUCUGGAAGCAUUUAUGGACUACAAGAUAUAUUUCUUCUUCAUUCUCGGUUUGGUUUGCAACAUCCCAAACGGCGGCAUCUCCAAUUUCGGAACCAUCAUCAUCAAAGGGUUCGGAUAUUCCACUCUAGUUACCACUCUCAUGCAGAUACCUUACGGUGCCCUGAUCGCCAUCUCCAUUCUAGCCUGCGUAUAUCUCAACGAUCGCUUCGAAAACAGACGCUGUCUUUUUAUAGUAAUUUUCCUCAUCCCAAAUAUAGCAGGAGCCUUUGGCCUUCGCUUUGUCCCGCUGGAUCAACAAGUCGGCCGACUCAUCUGCUAUUACUUGACAGGCCCAUAUAAUGCGGCCUUUGUUCUGGUCCUGAGUAUGCAAGUUGCCAAUACAGCUGGCCACACUAAAAAAGUAGUCACAAACGCAGUCCUUUUCCUGGGCUACUGCACCGGAAACAUCGCUGGCCCAUUCUUCUAUAAAGAUAGCCAGAAGCCGACCUACGAGCUCGGAAUCUGGUCUAUGAUUGUUUCGCAUCUGAUUGAAGCCGUCCUCAUCACUGCCUUGGGUCUUCUUCUUCGCUGGGAGAAUAAGAAGAGGGAUAGGAUUCAGUCUCAGAUGGAAGGCGGGCUAGAAGGUAGAGACUUAGAUUCUACGGCUUUUAUGGAUCUGACAGAUCGGGAGAAUUUAAACUUUCGGUAUAUCUAUUAAUCGGAACUUCUAUAAGAAUAUGACAUCUUUUGCCCAUUAUAUCGAUAGCAGACAUUAUAAGGAGAGAGGAAAGGCUACAACUCGAAAUGGAUAUAUUCAAUAUAGCUAAUAUAAUUACAUCUAGCUUGA